AUGUUGGAGCGCCUGUAUAUGCAAGGUAAUGAAUUUGAAAGAACAAUUCCUGACUCUCUUAAAGGUUUAAGAAGCUUGGAAGUAAUGGAUAUUUCACACAACAACUUAUCCGGGGAGAUUCCUAAACUUUUAGAAAAGCUCAGGUUUCUUAAGUAUCUCAAUCUUUCUUAUAAUGAUUUUGAAGGUGAAUUGCCUAAAGAAGGGAUCUUUUCAAAUGCAAGUGGUCUCUCAAUUAUUGGAAACAAUAGGGUCUGUGGUGGUCUCCCAAAAUUACUUUUACAUGCAUGCUCCAUCAAAAAGUCCAAUUCAUCAUCUCAUCGACUACUUGCCCCAAAGGUAAUCAUCCUUGUAGCUUGUGCAGUUGCAUGCAUAAUUGCUCUGUCAUGCUUCAUUGUUGCUCGUUCGAAGGUGAAAAAGUCAAGAGGUGGCCUAGUAACUUCAGAUUCUUAUAAGGGCUGGAAAUCAGUCUCUUACUUGGAACUCGUUGAGUCAACUAACGGCUUCUCUGUGGACAAUUUGAUUGGUUCCGGAAGUUUUGGUUCUGUUUACAAAGGAGUACUUCCUAGUGAUGGGAGGGCAGUUGCUGUUAAGGUAUUAAAUCUUCAACAACGAGGAGCUUUCAGGAGUUUCAUUGACGAAUGCAAAGCUUUAAGAAGUAUACGGCACCGUAAUCUUCUCAAGAUCAUUACUGCAUGCUCGAGCAUUGAUAAUCAGGGGUAA